GUUCAUUCAAAAUAUUACUCGCUAUUUGACUUUUCUUUUCUUUUCGUUUUUAAUUCUUCGCCUCCUCCAUCUGACAACCAUCGCAGUGGUUGUUCUUCUCACCUUCUCUCCCGCCUCUUAGUGUCUUGGGGUCGAUUGCUUGGACGCCUCCAAGCUCUCUUGAUUUUUCCUUUUUAUUUCCUUUUCGCCUUUGUUCAUUUUCGUCUAGAAAGUUUUACAGAUCUUCUUCUGAUAUAAAUCCUUAUUCUGUCCCUAAGAUCUUCUAUCUGAAUCUCUUAACGUGAGGAGCAGUACAUGCAUCCAAAGGCCUCCAAUUCUACUUCUACCACCCACUCCACCACUUCCUUGCAACGGCGGUCUGUCCGCUCCUCAAAAUGGCUGCGCCCUAUACAUCCAAGGCCCUUGACGGGCGUGGGGACGAAGACCGUCAGUCUUCCACCUCGGAGCGACCUGAUUCUCCCGAUAAGGUGAAGGAUAUCGAGAAUCAGCGACAGCCGGGAGUGCAGUCCGAUUCGGACACAGAUGACAUUGGAAGACAAAUCGAAAUGGAGGCGGGUAACUCCAUCAAAUACCGAACAUGUAGUUGGCAGAAGACGGCCGCGUUGCUCUUUUCCGAAUACAUCUGCUUGGCUAUCAUGUCAUUUCCCUGGUCUUAUUCCGUUCUCGGGUUAGUCCCGGGAUUGAUUCUGACUGCGGUUAUUGCUGGGAUUGUGCUUUACACUUCCCUGAUUAUUUGGAGAUUCUGCCUGCGCCAUCCCCAUGUUCGCGACGUGUGUGAUAUCGGUCAGCAUCUCUUCUGGGACUCGAAGAUUGCCUGGUAUCUGACCGCAGUGAUGUUCUUGUUGAACAAUACCUUUAUUCAGGGUUUGCAUUGCUUGGUCGGCGCCGAGUGGCUCAACACGGUCUCCUCGCAUGGGACGUGCACUAUCGUCUUUUCCUUGGUCACGGCGAUUGUCUCGUUCGUCUGCUCACUUCCAAGAACAUUCAGCACACUAUCCAAGAUUGCCACUUUCUCAGCGUUGUUCACGUUCAUUUCAGUGAUGUUGGCCGUGGUCUUCACAGCUAUCGAAGAUCAUCCCGCUGGCUACAGUCCCGCAAAAGGCGACCCAAUUGUUACCGCAGUCCCCGUGGCCGGGACAACAUUUGUCUCGGGCGUCAAUGCUUUUCUAAACAUCAGCUACACGUUCAUUGGCCAGAUCACACUCCCGAGUUUCAUCGCCGAAAUGAAGGAGCCGAAGGACUUCUGGAAAUCCGUUACGGCGGUCACUGUUGCGGAAAUCAUCGUGUUUAGCUUGGUGGGUUCGAUUGUAUAUGCCUACACCGGCAACCAAUAUAUGACCGCUCCGGCGUUCGGCUCUAUCAGCAAUGAGGUGUACAAGAAGGUGUCUUUUUCAUUCAUGGUCCCGACCUUGAUUUUCCUGGGGGUGUUGUACGCCUCGGUCUCUGCCCGUUUCCUCUUCUUCCGUCUGUUCGAGGGAACGCGCCACAAGGGUAAUCAUACCGUCGUCGGAUGGGCAGCCUGGGCUGGAAUCCUAGCCGUUCUGUGGAUUGGGGCGUUUAUCAUUGCCGAAGUGAUUCCAUUCUUCUCCGAUCUGCUUUCGAUCAUGAGCGCGCUGUUUGAUUCAUUUUUCGGGUUCAUCUUCUGGGGUGUCGCCUACCUCCGGAUGCGACGUGAAGACUACGGACCGGAUUUCUACAAAAAUCGAGGAAUCCGGGGCUGGAUAGGCUUGAUCAUCAAUGUCGGCUUGAUUUUCGUCGGCCUAUUCUUCUUAGGGCCUGGAACCUAUGCUGCUGUGGACAGCGUAGUCCUAAACUAUCAAGCUGGAACUGUGGGCAGUCCUUUCUCCUGCGCUGAUAACGGAUUGUAAUGAGUUCAUGUUGUUUGAUCUAAAUUUCUAUUCUUUGCGGGGGUGAUCACAAGUGUGUGUCUUCCGACGUAAUACGACCCUGGUGGUUUUUUUAAGGACCGUGGGAGGAAUUUUCUUAUUGUUAUGAUUCAGGUCCACAGCACUUUCUGCAUGACUGACUACCUAUUCGUGUUAUCAUGGUAAUGAAAGAUAUCAUCUCUGUAGCGAUAAAGUAAAAUCUCUCAGACAGACGACAUGUCAUGCGCUGAGAUUGUCUGGAAUUUUGGAGACUGCACAAGACUCCCCAGUGGUACGGGCGGGUAGAAGAUGCCCUUGUCGCGCCUUUCGC